GUAGAUUUCUUUGCUAAUGUUAAAUGUGUUUUGAAUGUUGAACUUAAAUCUGUCACAGGAAUUAUGCCUCCAAAACCACUGAUGAGAAGAGACCAGAUAGAGGGAUCAGCAACUAGUUCAGAUUCAUUUGAACAUAUAGCUCGCUCAGCAAGAGAGCACACCGUUCCUUUGUCAGAGCCCCGCAUGAUGUGGGGGUCAGACCCAUACCCCCAUGCAGAACCUCAGCAAUCUAGCUCUCCUCCCAAAGUUUUAGAAGAGCCUGACGAUUUGAGGUCUGAGGCACACUUGGAGCAGGAGCGAGUUGCUGUCCCUGCCACUGCAUAUCCUGUAGAACACAACCAGUUGGACUCUCAUCCAAAGACAGACUUUUUCAGAGAAUCAGGAGAGAUAGAGGUACAAAAGUUCCCAAGCAGGCCUUUGGAAGAUGUACAACCUCUCCAGACUGACACACCUAACACUGCGGUUAAUUUUGAAGGAGUGAAGGAGAAAGUUACGCAUAGCUCUCCAGAAGAAUUUGUGCCUGUAGGGGAAAGUCACUCUUCACUGAAGAGAAGCAUUUCCCAUGGUUCAAGUCACUCUCUAAAAUCGGAGGACCAGAGGAAUGAGACAGCAACAAAUAUCCCUAAAUUAAAUAACAGGCCUCUUGAGACAAAGGAGACAAUUGAGAGACUUGAGAUUAAGCCAAAAAAAGAAAUUCUGAUCAAUAGUAGAACACUAGAAGGACCAAAACCAGAAAAAUCUUUCAAACCUAAGUCUGAAACAAGAUGGGGUCCUAGGCCAGGUUAUGGUAGGAGAGAUGAAGGUGGUGAUAGACCAGUAAGAAGAUCAGGUCCUAUUAAAAAACCUGUCCUUAGAGAUAUGAAGAGAGCGGAAGAGCGUGAACAAAGAGAAGAACGUGAGCAGAGGAAGGAGAAAGAAGGAGAAAAAACAGCUAGUGAGAAAUCUAGCAAGUCUGAGAAAACUGACAAAAAGGAAGCACCUCAAGUGCCACUGCCUCAGACUGAGCCAGAGACGUCUGCCUCCAGCGGCACUCCUAAAAAGACAACCCAGGAUGCUGCUCUGAGCCUGGCAAGCCAGGAGAGUGGUCAAACUGAGACUGCAGCUAAAGCACUGGUUCAGACACCCACACCUCCAGCCCCACAGCAGCUACCAGCUGCCCAGCCUGCUGCUCCACAGCUUCCCCCUGCAGUACAGCAGCAGCCACCAGCUCAGCCAGCAGCACAGCAGCAGCCACAUGUUCAGCAGCCAGCUAGUGCAGUGAAGGAAGAAAAGCAGACUGAGAAGGUGGUUAGCAAGGAGGUUGUAGAGAAACCACGCUUAGAAACCAGACCAGUAAAAAGAGAGCCUGGCUUACCACCUAGGACAUACUGGAAAGAAGCUAGGGAUAGAGACUGGUUCCCAGAUCAGGGAUACAGAGGCAGAGGUCGUGGGGAGUAUUAUUCUAGAGGUCGUAGCUACAGGGGUUCUUAUGGAGGACGUGGUCGGGGCAGUAGAGGCCAUAAUAGAGAAUACCCACACUACAGAGAUCCUAAGCCUAGGUCAGACCAUGUGCCUUCAGGGCCUGUUAGGCAAAGAGAAGAGAGUGAAACUCGCAGUGAGAGUUCUGACUUUGAAGUAAUCCCAAAACGGCGGCGACAGCAUGGUUCAGAGACAGAUUCCGACAGCGAAGUUCAUGAAAGCGCAAGUGACACGCUACUUUCAGACAAAGACAGUCUAAUCAAAGGCAAGCACCCAAAAAGAGAAGACAGAGCUGAUGGCAAGAAGCCUUCAAAGCCUCUGUCGUUCAAACCUGAAAACAGUAUCAGAGUAGACAACAGAUCCCUAGAAAAAACGUACAUGAGAGAUGAUGAGAACAAACCCAAACCAGGAUUUCUUCCUAAAGGAGAGCCUUCUAGACGAGGCAGAGGGGGAAUGUAUAGACGUGGCGGUAGGGAUCCUGGUGGGCGUCCUCCACGUCCAUCCACUAUAAGGAGACCAGCCUACAGAGACAAUCAGUGGAAUCCUAGGCAAACAGAGAUUAUUAAACCGGAAGAAGGGGAACCUCCAAGAAGAAAUGAACAUUAUGGUCCUAUACCAGUUGAUAAAAGACCUCCAAAAUUUGAGAGAAAGUUUGAUCCAAAUAGAGAGAGACCACGAAGACAAAGGCCCGCUCGGCCACCAAGGCAAGAUAAGCCACCACGCUUUAGGCGCCUGAAAGAAAGAGAGGCCGCAUCAAAGAUAAACGAGGCAGUAACCAGCUCAUCAACAAGUGCCACAGUUAGUAAUGCAGUUAAUGAGCCUGCCACCACUGCUCUGGAUGUAUCAGAAAGUAAGACACCAGAUUUGUCCAACCAGAAUUCUUCAGACCAGGCAAAUGAAGAAUGGGAAACUGCCUCAGAAAGCAGCGACUUCAAUGAGAGGCGGGAGAGGGAUGAGAAGAAAACAGCAGAUGCAGCAGCACAGGUGGCUGCAAAGGCAGGAGAAAAUGCUGGAGCUCCAAAAAGGGAAAUAGCCAAGAGAAGUUUCUCUAGUCAGCGGCCUGGAAUAGACCGUCAAAACCGACGUGGCAACAAUGGGCCAGCUAAACCAGGGAGGAACUUCUCGGGUCCUAGGAGUGAAAGGCGGAGUGGUCCUCCACCCAGAAGUGGAAAAAGAGGGCCAUUUGAAGAGCAGACAGCAACUGUGCCUAGUGUUGAUCCCACCAACAGCAACUCUUUACAUCAGGAGGAUGGAGGUGUUACUGCUGCAGGCCAAAAGAGCACCAAGGAUGCAACUAGCAAAAAGAGAGAAGAACCUAAGGCUGGUCCAAAGAAGCCUAAGGAAAAAGUGGAUGCCUUGUCUCAAUUUGAUCUUAAUAAUUACGCAAGUGUUGUGAUCAUUGAUGAUCACCCUGAAGUGACAGUAGUUGAAGACUCCCAAUCUAACUUGAAUGAUGAUGGUUUCACAGAAGUGGUGUCUAAGAAGCAGCAAAAACGCCUGCAAGAUGAAGAGCGUAGAAAGAAGGAAGAACAAACAGUGCAGGUGUGGACCAAGAAAGGAUCAAGUGAAAAAGGCCGAGGUCAGAAUUCCAAGCUUCCACCCAGAUUUGCCAAAAAGCAGCAACAGGCAGCAGCUGCAGCUGCACAGCAGGCACAAGCUCAGGCACAGCCUCCAUGUACAACACAGACUCCGGGUCAGCCAUCAGCUUCUGUUCAGCCACCAAACCAGGCUGCAGGAGGGACAGCCAGCACAGAGUACACAGUGUCAGGCAAAGUUCUACAAAACACUCAGGCUCACAAUGGUCUGGGAGCUGAAUUGUGGGAAAACAAGGUGCCUCCUUCAGCAGUUCUAAAUGACCUCUCCAAAAAAUUGGGACCCAUUAGCCCACCUCAGCCACCUUCGGUCAGUGCUUGGAACAAGCCUUUGACAUCUUUUGGUUCAACUACAUCUCCGGAGGGAGCAAAGCCUGGGCAAGAAGGUGGAGUUGAUCUUGGUAUAGAAACUAUUCAAUUUGGAGCCCCAGCUUCCAGUGGCAGCGACAACGAAGUUGGCCCUGUGCUUUCUGAGAAGUCCACUGAUAAGCUGCCAGAGCCAAAAGAGCAAAGACAGAAACAGCCUCGGGCUGGACCCAUCAAAGCACAAAAGCUUCCAGACUUGAGUCCAGUAGAAAACAAAGAAUAUAAACCUGGUCCUAUUGGGAAAGAGCGUUCUUUAAAGAACAGGAAGGUGAAGGAUGCCCAACAGGGAGAGCCUGAGGGACAGGAGAAGCCAUCUCCCACCUCUGUCAGAAGUCCAGAACCUGUCACUACAAAGGAAACCAAAGCAGCAAGUGAACUAAGCACGGAAAUAGGAACGAUGAUAUCUGUGUCUGCUCCAGAGUUUGGAACAAACACAAAGGAGUCUGUAACAGACUACACUACACCUUCUUCUCAUCCUAACACAGUGGCUACUAGCAGUACAAAAAUGGAGGAGACUUUGGUGACGAACGUGCCCCUGCCCCACACCCUUCCCCUCCCUAGGAGGGAGACUCUACAACAGAGCUCCAGCCUAACUCCAGUUUCUCCCGCUACCGUCGACCUCACCCUCAAGAUGGAGUCUGCACGCAAAGCAUGGGAGAAUUCUCCAAACAUGGGGGAGAAGACUUCUCCAGUGACCUCAGCAGCAUCUCCCAUUGCUGGUGGCAGCGGCAGUAGCAGCAGCAGCAGCGGCAACACUGGGCCAAGCAGUGGUACUUACAGCUCUUUCUCUAGUGCAUCAAUGCCUCCUAUUCCUGUGGCCUCAGUUACACCAACAACUUCGCUUUCAGGAGCUGGAACAUACACAACCUCUUCACUGAGUACGAAGACUGCAAGCACCUCAGACCCUCCUAAUAUAUGUAAAGUGAAACCACAGCAGUUGCAGACAAGCAGCCUAGCUUCUGCUGGUCACUUUUCCCAGCUGAGCUGCAUGCCAUCCCUCAUUGCCCAGCAACAGCAAAGUUCCCAGGUCUAUGUGUCUCAGUCUGCAGCAGCUCAAAUCCCAGCAUUUUAUAUGGAUACAAGUCAUCUAUUCAAUACUCAACAUGCGCGUUUGGCACCACCUUCUCUGGCCCAACAGCAAGGCUUUCAACCAGGGCUUUCUCAGCCUGCUUCAGUUCAGCAGAUUCCUAUCCCCAUCUAUGCACCCCUACAAGGACAGCACCAAGCUCAGCUGAGUUUAGGAGCAGCACCAGCUGUAUCACAAGCCCAAGAGUUGUUCAACUCAUCCUUACAACCUUAUAGAUCCCAGCAAGCUUUUAUGCAAAGUGGUUUGUCUCAGCCAUCACCAGUAGUUCUGUCUGGUACAGCCUUACACAACUUCCCAGCAGUACAACACCAGGAGCUUGCUAAGGCACAGUCGAGCCUGGCAUUUCAACAGACUUCUAAUACACAACCUAUUCCUAUCUUAUAUGAACAUCAACUUAGUCAAGCUUCAGGACUGGGAGGCUCUCAGCUGAUUGAUACGCACAUUCUCCAGGCCAGAGCUACACUCACUCAAGCUUCAAAUCUGUACUCUGGGCAAGUUCAACAGCCUGGCCAGAGCAAUUUCUACAACACUGCACAGUCUCCCAGUGCUCUCCAGCAGGUAAACUAUGGCAUGGUGACAGUACCUUUGCCAGGAUCACAAAUUUCCUUGCCUAACUUUGGAUCCACAGCACAGCCACUUAUUGCCCUACCCCAAUCUUUACAACCACCACUACAGCACACGCCACCACAAGCACAGGCUCAAAAUCUAAGCAGACCUGCACAAGUAACACAGCCUUUCAGAGGAUUAAUCCCAGCAGGAACUCAACACAGCAUGAUUGCUGCAACUGGAAAGAUGGAAUCACAGAUUUACAGGCACCUGGGAUUUUCGGAUAGUGUGCAGCACAACGCAGUUGCAGCAUACUUUCAGAUAUCGGAAAUGGACCUGAAGGCCUUUGGAGGUGGCAUCGAUGUUAAACCUGGAACACCGCCAGUUACUGGUAGAAGUACUACUCCAACCUCCAGUCCCUUCCGGGCCAGUUCUACAAGUCCUAACAAUCAGUCCAACAAAAUGAACAGCAUCGUCUACCAGAAGCAGUUUCAGUCAGCAGCUGCAGCUGUGAGAAUGACACAGCCGUUUCCUGCACAGUUUGCACCACAGGCAAAGCAGAGAGCAGAGGUACUUCAGUCCACCCAGAGAUUCUUUUCUGAGCAGCAGCAGCAGCAACAGAGCAAACCCAUAGGAGGCAAAGCACAGAAAGUGGACGAGAACGGGAGCAAACCCACUGAGGCAAUUGCUGACUCUUCAGGAGUCUGCCAGGACAAAACUGAGGAAAAGCCCACCCCUGCGCCUGCUACAGCAACAAAACCUGUUAGAACUGGACCAAUCAAACCUCAGGCAAUCAAAACCGAAGAAACAAAAUCUUAG